UCCUUUGCUGUGGCGGAAGUAACUCGUAUUGCUGAGGCCUCAUCCUUCCAAUGGCGACUGAAAACAGGCUGAUUAGAAAGCGGGAGCAACUGUGGAGGGGGUCAGAGCAGUGUAACCGAAAUUAAAUAAAUAUAUCAUACUCUCACUAGUCAUAAAGUUAGUUUAAAAUUGUAGACCCACCAAAUCACGGCCGAUUCAAUGGCCAAAAGUCGGAAUAUUUCGCUCCUUGAAUCAGAGCUAUAUUACCUAAUUUCACGUUUUCUAACAACGGGUCCAUGUCAGAGCGCGGCUGAGGUUCUAGCGAGCGAACUAGAAGAAUAUCAGCUUUUGCCUUGCAGAUUAGACUGGCAAGGAAAUGAACAUCCAAGAUCUUACGAAGAUUUGGUUGCAGCCAACGGACACAUUGCACCUGACCAUUUGCUGCAGAUCUGUAAGAAGAUUGGGCCGAUUCUGGACAAAGAAGUGCCAUGUGUUCCAGGCGUACAUUCCCUACUGGGAACUGGGAGGCAGUCCUUACUCAGAACUUCAAAAGGUUACGGCAAUGUUCGGAGGAAAGGCUCAUCAUUUGCUGCCCUGCACAGAGGGAGACCACCAGAGAUGCCUUUGACCUGCAAGGAUCCUCCAAAUCAAGUGGAGGUGUACAGAGGAAGGGAGCUAACAGGUACUCAACGGUUCAGCACUGUGAACCCUGUGAGCAACUAUCAGCACAUGCGGAUGCACAGGAGGAUUCUGGGUCAUCUGUCUGCAGUCUACUGCAUUGCUUUUGAUCGGACCGGUCUCAGGAUUUUCACUGGCUCGGACGACUGCUUGGUGAAGAUAUGGUCUUCGUUUGACGGGAGGCUUCACUCCACCCUGCGAGGACAUUCUGCUGAGAUCUCAGACCUGGCUGUCAGCUUUGAGAAUACCUUGAUGGCAGCUGGCAGCUGUGACAAAACCAUCCGAGUGUGGUGCCUUCGUACCUGUGCCCCUAUGGCUGUCCUACAGGGGCACAGUGGAUCCAUUACCUCCCUACAGUUCUCACCUUUUGCCAAGGGCUCAAAGAGAUACCUGGUGUCCACUGGAACUGAUGCAACAAUCUGCUUUUGGCAGUGGGAUGUCAAUAACAUCAAUUUCAGUGAUCGUCCGCAGAAGUUUACAGAGCGACCCAGGCCGGGAGUUCAAAUGGUGUGCUCAUCAUUCAGUCCAGGUGGUAUGUUCUUAGCGACGGGAAGUACUGACGAUGUCAUCAGAAUAUAUUACCUGGGAGGUGGGAACCCUGAAAAAAUAUCAGAGCUUCAUGAACACACGGACAAGGUCGACAGCAUCCAAUUUUGCCACUCAGGAGAAAGGUUUGCGAGUGGCAGUCGAGAUGGCACAGCACGCAUCUGGAGGCUGACUCAGCGUCAGCAGUGGAGGAGCCUUCUUCUCAACAUGAAUGCCACUCUACCAGGCUCAGAACACGCGACCUGUGAGGAAAGCUUUUUCAAGCCCAAGGUCACUAUGGUAGCGUGGGAUCGCCAUGACAACUCAGUAAUCACAGCGGUCAACAACCAUAUCCUCAAAGUGUGGAACUCCUAUACAGGCCAGCUGCUACAUAUCCUUAAAGGCCAUGAGGCUGAGGUGUUUGUCCUGGAGCCCCACCCCUCAGAUCCCAGGAUCAUGCUGUCUGCUGGCCACGACGGAAACGUCUUCAUCUGGGACAUCGUCCGGGGCACAAAGACACAGCACUACUUCAACAUGAUUGAGGGCCAGGGUCAUGGUGCUGUCUUUGACUGCAAAUUCACUCCCGACGGCCAGCGCUUUGCCUGCACAGACUCCCACGGUCAUCUGGUCAUUUUCGGCUUUGGGAGCUCCAAGCCAUACGAGAAGCUUCCAGAUCAGGUGUUUUUCCACACCGACUAUCGGCCACUGAUCCGGGACGCCAACGGCUUUGUUUUGGAUGAGCAGACCCAGCAGGCACCCCACCUCAUGCCCCCUCCCUUCCUAGUGGAUGUGGAUGGGAACCCCCACCCCCCUAGAUACCAGCGGCUGGUCCCUGGGAGGGAGAACAUUGCAGACGAACACCUGGUGCCUCAGCUGGGAUAUGUUGCCACAAGUGAUGGCGAGGUGAUGGAGCAGGUGAUCAGUCAGCUGACCACAGACCACGAGGAGGCCACGGCCAGACGCAGCAUUCUGGACGACACCAUCAGGCAGCUGCAGGAGCAGCAGGACAGGCAGAGCAGACCAGGGACACUGGCCCCAGCCCCCAGCACCCCACGCAGAGCAUCGGUGAAUGAGCGAGGUGCAGCUGAGGUGCAGUCGUCCCCUAACGUGGGUCUGCGGCGCAGUGGGCAGGUGGAGGGGGUGAGACAGAUGCACCAGAAUGCCCCUCGCAGCCAGAUGGCCACGGAGAGGGACCUACAGGCCUGGAGACGCAGGGUGGUGGUACCUGAGCUCUCAUUCAGCAGUUACAGUUACCAGGAUGAGUUCCGAAUUACAAAAGGAGAGGAGGAGAUUGCCUUAUACAAUGCAAAGAAACGACGUGUGACAUACGGCAGUUGUAGAGAUGAUUCUGAAGAUGAACUGCCUUGCAUCAAACGAGCACAGUCCCGCAAAAAGCAAAAAGUCUUCCAGCAGAGCAGAGAUGGCAUUGUGGAGGAAUUAAUCGAGUUCUCCUGUGAGGAGGGAGAGGGGACCACAACAUCAGAGGACCAUGAGAUGGAGGGCAGUGAACUGGAUUCAUCCAAUGAGGAAGAGGAAUGGAAAAGUGACAGUUCAAGCCACUCGUCCAGUGAGUACUCUGACUGGACUGCAGACGUUGGGAUUAACCUGCAGCCCUCCACUCCCGUGUCAUCACGGAAACGAGUUCGCCGCCAGCUUAGCAGCUCGGAGGAGGAAGAGAUCGAGGAGGAAGAGAAGCAGCAAAGUGAGGAUGAGGAACGGCCACCUCAGACUAGCAAGCAGAAAUCCAAGAAGCCCAAGCGGCCUAAAGCCAGGCCGUCGAUCAACAGAGAAGUCUCCAACGAGUUCAGACCCUCAACGUGGAUCACUGAUGUCAUUCCCAGGAAGUCUCCCUUCGUUCCCCAGAUGGGUGAUGAGGUAAUCUAUUUCCGCCAGGGUCACGAGGCGUAUGUGGAGGCGGUGAACAGGAACAACCUGUACCCCAUUAACAUGGAGAAACAGCCCUGGAGGAAGAUGGAGCUGAGGGACCAAGAAUUUGUUAAAAUAACUGGGAUCAAGUAUGAAGUGUGCCCUCCUACACUCUGCCGCCUGAAACUGACGCUCAUUGACCAUGGCACGCGCAAAAUCACAGACAAAUCAUUUUAUGUCAAGUAUCAUGACAUGCCAGAUGUGAUUGACUUCCUCGUGCUUCGGCAGAGUUAUGACGAAGCACGCAGUAGAGUCUGGCAGCCAAAUGACAGAUUCCGGUCCGUAAUAGAUGAUGCCUGGUGGUUUGGGAUUAUUGUUUGUCAGGAGCCAUAUCAGCCUGAAUAUCCGGACAGUCAUUUCCAGUGCUUCAAAGUCCGAUGGGACAAUGGCGAAACGGAGAAGCUAAGUCCUUGGGAUGUGGAAGCUAUUCCAGAGGAUGCCCAGCAACCUGAGUGUAUAGGUGGAGGGGUUCCAGUGACAGCAGAGGAGAUGAGAGAGGUCAUGUAUAAACCCCAGACAGGAGAGUGGGGUGAGAGGAGCAGAGAUGACGAGUGUGAACGCAUCAUAGCAGGCAUUGACCAACUCAUCACUGUCGAUAUUGUAGCCCCAUUCUCUGGCCCGGUGGACAUAGUUCAAUACCCAACUUACUGCACAGUGAUAGCCUUCCCCACAGACCUGAGCACCAUCAGACUGAGACUGUUGAGUAGGUUCUACAGGCGACUGUCCGCUGUAGUUUGGGAUGCCAGAUACAUUGUGCACAAUGCCCGGACCUUCAAUGAGCCAAGGAGCAAGAUAGCCCAUUCAGCAAAACUUAUCACAGAUGUCCUGCUAAAGUUUAUCAAUCGACCUAGCUGUACAGAUAUCAUGGAGAUCUACAAUGCAAUUGAAGACAUGGACUACACGGAUGAUGAGGACCUGGAAGAGGCACCAGGCACCUCUUCUGGACACAGACUGUGCCAGCGCUCUUCGGAGACGGUACCUGACCCAGACUCCUGGAAGGGGCAGUGCAAACGCCUGAUGAACUAUGUCUUUGAGUGUGAGGACUCUGAGCCCUUCAGAAAGCCUGUGGAUCCUACCUCCUACCCAGACUACCUUAGCAUCAUUGACACUCCCAUGGACUUUGAAAUGGUGAAGGGGACCCUUGAGGAGGACCGUUAUGAAAACCCCAUGGAGCUCUGCAAAGACACACUUCUGAUAUUUGCCAAUGCUAAAGCCUUCACGCCAAACAAACGCUCAAAGAUCUACAGUAUGACUUUGCGGCUCUCUGCAUUCUUCGAAGAGCGAAUCAGAACAAUCAUAUCGCAAUACAAAACUGCCGUCAAGAGCAGCGAGAAGCUCCGCCGCAGCCAGAGGUUCCGAAAGAAGCUUCAGCACCACGAGUCUGCUGCACCCAGCACUGACACCACAAGUCAAAAGAGGACUGCUCUAAAAACUCAGGAAAAGGUGGAAGCGGCGUCGACGACCAAAUCUACCUCAGCCAAAGUCUCUGCUCCUGAGAGAACCAGGAGGAGGAGCCACAGCAGUGACAGCUCAGGCCACAGCUCUUCUGAAGCUUCCUCAAGGUCAGACUCUGAGAUUUACAGUGAGUUAUAUAUGAGUGACUCUGAAGAAGAGAAACGCCCGAGGUCCUCACAGCACCAUCACAGCACAGAGACCAGGGGAACCAGAAGAGUCACCAGGAACAAUGGGGCAAAGAAGAAAAUUGCUGAGAGCGAGAGUGAGUCCUCCAAUGAGCGGGAGGAGAGUGAGGACGGUGAGAAGUUGUCCAACUCAAUGUCUCACCGAUUCCCCAGCAGGUCCAGCACCAGGUUAACCAGGAACAAUGCUGUUACCCAUAGGAAGCAUACCAAACGGCCAGAGAGGGGUUCCCAGAUGAACGGUCAUCGCAGAACAUUUGGGCGAGAGAGGCGACGAGGGAACGAGUCUGAGAGAUCACCAUCCGAGGGUACAGACACUUACCGGGAUGAGGAGGAGAAUGUGGGCCGCAGGACAUUGAAAAGGAAGACUGCCAGGGCAGCCGUUAACAAGAUGAAGCUUCUGGAAGCCUCUGAGGAAGACGAUGGUUCAGCCUCUGAGGAUGAGGACAAACAUAGGCGGAAAAGCAGCCGCCAUGCGACCCGAGUCAGCAAACGCACUGCCGUGAUCCAGAGCAGCUCUGAAUCCGAGGAUCAGUCAUCAGCCUCUGGAUCCGAGGAUCCGUCAUCAGCACAGAGUUCUAAAAAAGGCAAGGAUUCAUCGGGUGAUUGGGAGAGCAAUGAGGACAGUAUUGAGAGUGAAGCUUCAUCCUCUCGUUGCCAUCAGAAUGGAGAGAGUAAGAACUCCAGCAGCCGCAGGACGACCAGACAAGCUGCAGUGACGGGGGGUAAGGAUGAUUUGUCUCAUGUAAAUGGCUACAGCACAAAACAUCAACCGGCUGUUAGUAACUCUGAGAAAGAGGAUGAGGAGAGCUCUGAUGGUGAAGAAGGGGAGGAGGAAGAAACUAUUGUGUCUCAGAAGUCCUCCAGAAGCACCGCAACUGCUGCAGUGAGCAAAAGUAGAACUUGCAUUACCAGUUAUGUGGCAGAAGAGAAGUCUGGCUCCAGAAAGAGACAACACACAACACGAGACCACAAUGCUCAAAAGCACCCUCACAAAAACGGGAGGAGGGUGGAGAAAGAACAUCCUAAAGACUCUGAGAAAAAUUGUAAAUUACCAUCAAAAAGCGAAGAGCAAACAUCUGCCUCAACCCACAAAGAGGAUGGCCCUGAAUCAGAGGAACUCAGUGACACUCCAAAGAGAUCAAGCUCUCGCAAUAAAAUACUGAAAUCUGAAGAGGAGGAAGAUGGGGAGGAAGACGAAGCAGACGGCAACCAUUCAUACGAUGAAUCUGAGGGAGAAUCGAAUAAAAAAACUCCAUUGCGAAACAAAAAGCAGAGUCGCAAUGACUCUGCUUCAGAGAGCGAGGAGGAAGUUGUACCCAACAGGAGAGCAAGGAGGAAACUGCAUGCUUCCUCAGAGGAAGAAUCUGAUGGGAAGGAGAAGCAUAGCCCUAGCAUGCGGCCUUGCCUUCGAGCCCAACCAAAAAAGAAAUAUAUCAAUGAAGACUCUGAGGAGGACUUGAACUCUGAGAUGCAAGGCAGUUGUAAGAAUGGGAAGAGCAAAACUGUUUCACAUAAAGGAUAUCAACGCAACCGAAGAAAAGCCUCCCCAGCUGCUACAAAACGACAGUCCUCUUCCAAGAGAAAACGCAUUUACACCUCAGACUCCUCAGAGAACCCGGAUGAAAACAAACAGUGCAUGCGCAAGGCUAAAGCUAAGAGCUACUGUGACAAGGACGAGAGGGAGGCAAAAAGAUCCAACUCAAAACAUCCCAAGAAGGAAUCUCGAUCCAUGUCAGAACCCGAGGACUGUAAUAGUCAGGAAGAUGCCUCUUCUCAAGGGUCAGAGGAUGAGAAGGAGGUUGAGUGUCCGAGAUGGAAGAGACGUUUGGAGCGACAGAAACGCAAGCGAAAAGAAAGCUGCAGCAGCAGUGCCCACAGUUCUGCCUCUGAAAGCGAAGAGGAGGAAGAGUCCUCUGCCUCUGAGAAGUCCUCUGCUAGCUCAGGUUCCCAGAACAGUACAAAGAGAAAAAGCCACAAGAGGUCAAGGGUCAGCGAAAAGGGUGCCGUCCGCCACUCUCGACAACGCAGGAGGGAUGCAUCUGAGGCAGACACCGACCAGUCGUACAAGGAACCCCAGAGUGGAACACGUAUCAAGACCCGAAACCGUGGCAAACGGACAGUGACAUAUCACGAUAGCGAAUGAAGGACUUGGCGCAGCAGGCUUAGCCAGAGCGAGACUAACUGGAGACCUUGAAGACACUUGAUCGCCACAUUAAGGUAGUAGCACUGGAGCCCUUUCAAAAGGAAAUGCUGUGAAUCUGUUUCAUUCAGGGAUAUUUAUAUUUUCUAUGAAAAAAAUAAUCAUAAAUGGAGAAAAAAAAGGUUAAAUGUAUGAAUGCAAGCAUUUGAACAGCUGGUUUUCACAAGUGUGUGUGUGUGUGUGUGUGUGUAUAUAUAAAGCAAACCACCUCCCAUUCUGCUUUUGUGAUUUGGCCAGCUAAAUAACCGUUUGGGGGAGCAUUGUCAGCUUGGGUGCUAUCUUAAUAUACCUCUGUUUAAUCAAGCAUAUUUUGCUGGUUUGCACUAAGAAACACACUGUAAAGAGGUAUUUCAUACACUAGUUUUGCAUUAGGAACUCAGGGGUCAACUAAGUUUACCGUAGUCUCAGAAAUGCAGUCUUGGGAGUUAGAGUAGGUAGGGAUAAACAUUUCCAGGAUGGCGGAUUCAGUCCAAGUACACUCGCUGAGACAACUAAUCUUCUUCACCCUCCUUUUGACUUCAACACUCCUUUGUAAAUCCACACGAAUUAUCCUUUAAUGUAUUGUGUGGUGACUUGUUGAUAUGAGCCAAAAUGUACAAAUUUGAAUUCCUAGUUUUCCUCUGUUUUGUCUUCAUUUUUUCAUUGUUUAUUUUGCAAUAUUUAGUUGUAUUCUAGUCAUUGAUUGAGGUGUAAAUAUGAGAUUGAGUGAUGUGGUUUGGGGAUCACUCUGUAGCAAACCAUUGCUUAUUUAAAUUUGAGUAUUCAUUUUCCUUUUGUAUGACAUUACAAUGCAUUGUCUUGCCACAUGUCACAAAUUGGUACCCUUUUGCCAAGUACAGGAAACCAAAAAGUACUUAUUGCAAAAUACUGUGAUUUCUCAUAUUGGGAAGACAUUCUAGUGUUGUUCUGUAUUAUGUACGCUCAGUAUUAAAUUCCUUUUCUGAGAUUUUUGCCAGUCGUGUGUGUGUGUGGGGGGAGGGGGGGGGGGGUCUUGAACUGCAAUUGCAUUGACAUUUUUGCUUAAUGUUUUUCAUACUUUGAUACAAACAGAUUUCACAGGGAAAAGUUCCUGGUACUCAGUAUGGUUGUGGAGUGCAAGAGGGCUGUUUUUUUCUGGUUAAUAAAGACAUCAAUUCAAGGCUAA